AACACAAGGAGACAGAGUCAAACUAUCCAAAGGCAGAGGAGAUGGACACCCCAGAAGACCUGCAAGAAGACAACCUGAUCGAGCAGGAACAUUUCCAUAGUUCUAAUAAUGAGAAGCAAGAUGGACAUUUGGCAGUUAGGAGGAAUGUAAUAUUAGAACGAACUAAAUUCAACCAAAGACAACAAGAAGCAGGAGAGACAGCUGAUGAUUUUAUCACUGCACUUCAUUGUUUGUCAGAACAUUGCAGUUAUGGAGCUCUGCUCAGUGAGAUGAUAAGAGACAGACUAGUUGCAGGCUUACGUGACAGAAGACUGUCCGAGCAAUUACAAAUGGACCCAGAACUAACACUGGAUAUAGCUGUCGCACGCAUUCGUCAAAUUGAACUUGUGGAAAAGCAACAGGACCUGCUGGAGAAUACUUUCAAAACUGCCAGCAGUGCGGCAAAUGUAGACAGUGUGCGCACACAGCAGAGAACAUUCAGAAAAGUUAGAGGGAGCAAAAGACAGCAGAGGAAAGUACAAGCUAGAGAACCAGGAAAGAGAACACCAUCACAUAGCAAAACAAUGCAGGAGAAGGAAGAGGAGCCCCUAGAUACUGAUGACUCUGAUGAGUGGAUCGAGGGUUUCAGUCCUGGAGGAGAGAAGCCACACUACUGCUCCGACUGCAGUAAGAGUUUUAGAAAAGUGAGGGAUCUUAUAAGACACCAGCGAUUACAUACCGGAGAGAAGCCUCAACGCUGCCCUGUUUGGGACAAAAGUUUUGCUCGAUUAGAUAAGCUUAAAUUACACAACAAAAUACAUAUGAAAGAGGAACAUAAUGUCACACAUAACCAUCAAACUGAACUGAAUGUAGACCGUGUGCACACACAGCAGAGAACAGCCAGCAAAGGCAGGCAGAAGAGUAAAAUUCGAACUAGAACACCAGGGGAAAAAAUUGUCCAGUUACAGCCAGGCAAAGACUUGCCUUGCAAAAGUUCAGUUAGAAAGAAUCAACACUCUGAAAAACUGCAACUACCCCAAAAAACGCAGGAGAAUGAAAAGGAUCCUGAAAAUACUUCUGAUGACAUGACCGAGAGUUUCAGGACUGUAGAGAAGCCAUACGUCUGCUCCGACUGUGAUCCUUGA